AAAAUAGAGGUGCUAAUGAGUGGAAGGAAACAUUUUGUGGAGAAGAGGUAUAGUGAAUUCCAUGCACUUCAUAAAAAGCUCAAGAAGUUCAUAAGAACUCCAGAGAUCCCUUCAAAGCACGUGAGAAACUGGGUCCCCAAGGUUCUGGAGCAGCGACGGCAAGGCUUGGAGUUGUAUUUACAGACAGUCAUUUUAGAAAAUGAAGAGCUCCCUAAAAUAUUUCUUGAUUUCCUGAACGUUCGCCAUGUACCUACCUUGCCAAAAGCAGAAAGCUGUGGCUCUUUUGAUGAAACAGAAUCUGAAGAAUCAAGCAAACUGUCCCACCAGCCUGUGCUGCUGUUCCUAAGGGAUCCAUAUGUCUUGCCUAAAGCCAACGAUGACUUUCCAAAUGUAGUUAUAGAAGGCAUUCUGCAUGGAAUAUUUUAUCCCCAUUUACUGCCCAGGUAGAAGUGAUGCGUGGCUAGAAGAAGCUGAAGCAAGUCUCCGAGUCGUGUUUAGUGGAAUUAACAGGAAUAAAUUUCUGUGAUGUGAAAAUUACGCUCAGAAGCAAGAGGCACAACCUCAGUUUAAGUUCAAGCAUUAUAUCUUUUUAAAUAAAAUCAAUGUCACUACAACUGCUGCUUUUAAAAAAAGAAGAUAUGGAAACAACAGUAUUGAAGUUAUUUAUACCUUCUAUAUAUUGACAUGCUCUAACUAUUUAACACUAAAAGCUGAAAGUCAUACACUGAAUUACACUAACCUUUGAAAAGAAUUGAAAGCUUUAUUAAUUAUUUCUGUAAUUUCUAUCAUAAAUUACACUAAACCUUUUUGCACCAGGAUUUUUCCCAGCACAUUACCCAUUGCUGGCAGUGGAUGGAUUAAAAGUGCUGGCACUGAAGAGAGUGUGUGAGAAAUUGCCAAAAAAAAAAAAAAAAUAUUAAAGCAAGAAGAAAUUGAAAGCAACUUAAAA